AUGGAUAUUUCCCAGCAGCAAGACUUUCUCCCCCCUCACGAGGCCGACAUCAGCCAGGGCCCCGACGACAUCAUGGGCGGCUUCGACGGCGCCUCAGAGGCCGCUUCCAGCAACGGCUUCCACCACCAGCAGAGCCACUCGCUCGACCACAGCCUGGCCGGCAGCCUGAGGCAGGAUGAAGAGUCCCCGAGCCGACAGACGCCGCCCGUGUCGGGAUCGCUUUCGAGGCCAGCCAGCGGCUUGUCAAACCCGGCACCUCCGCCGUACAACGACUACCGGCCAAGCUCGGGCGACCAAUCCAACGGCCGGAGCCACGUGGUGAUCAAGGUCGGCAUGGUUGGCGAUGCCCAGAUCGGCAAGACGUCGCUCAUGGUCAAAUACGUGGAGGGAAGCUGGGACGAGGACUACAUCCAGACGCUGGGUGUCAAUUUCAUGGAAAAGACCAUUUCCAUCCGCAACACCGAAAUCACCUUUUCCAUCUGGGACUUGGGCGGCCAGCGCGAGUUUGUCAACAUGCUGCCGCUGGUGUGCAAUGACGCAGUUGCCAUCCUCUUCAUGUUUGACCUGACGCGCAAGAGCACGCUCAACAGCAUCAAGGAAUGGUAUCGCCAGGGCCGCGGAUUCAACAAGACGGCGAUUCCCGUCUUGGUCGGCACCAAGUACGACCACUUUGUCAAUUUCCCCAUCCAAGACCAAGAGGAGAUUUCCAAUCAGAUUUUCAAAAUUGUCCUUUCCAAAGCGUUUGAUCUCAAGUGCACCAUUCCCGAAAUCGAAAACGUCGGCGAGCCAUUGUUAUUAUAUCAGUCUGUCUGA